AUGAUGGUGCUAGGACUAUUCCAGUUCACCACCCUGGUACGUGGCCAGCUGGACGAGUUCGAUUACUGCAUCCGGCGGCAACCGUCGCCCGGAUUGUUGCGAUGUGCCGGCCAGCAAGCACUCAGCUCGCUGCAGUUUCUCGAGGAAGCCAACAACUUUACCCUCGCGACCGGUGUACUGAUGAUCAAGGACGAUUCACUGCCAGCGUCACGCAUCAUACCCAACUUUAUCGAUCGCGAUCCACUCGACUUCAGAGGAAUACUGGAGAAUGCAGGCGCCGUGAUGGCCCAGCGCCAGAUGCUGUGGGACAUGGGCAUCAUCUAUCCGGGGCUGAAGCUGAAGCUUGGCCCAACCGCCGGUGCGGUUGGCAUUUUGGAGUUCGUGCUGGAUCCCGCGGCGUCCCAGAACGAUGAACGAUCGCUGUUCGAGGAAAAAUCCACAGCCCGUAUUCUCACCAAGAGCUUCGUGGUCCCGUUUCUGCUGGGGCUCAAGUUUAACCUGGCCACCCUGCUCCCACUGGUGUUCGGUGGACUGAUUUUGCUAAGCAAAAAGGCUCUCAUCCUGGGCAAGAUUGCUCUCUUCCUGUCCGGCAUGUUCGGAUACGGUUCCUUCUUUGCACCGUCGCUGGUCGGUGGCUUCGGAGGUGGUGGCUUCGGUGGCGGUGGUUUCAGCGGUGGCUACCAUGGUGGUGGGUACGGGUUCGGUUCGAAACCGUUCCGCUACAACAACCCACUGCAUACGCACCAUCACGGGGUGUCGCAGGCCGAUGAUCUUACGAGCGGUGGUUACUACAAGAAAAAGGACAAAUUCCUGAACCUGGACGAGCGUGUUGAACCAACGGCGGCACCACUGGUCGACAAGUUCUACGAGUACGAGAAGCAACAGAUGCUAAAGGACCGCACGGCCCGUCUCUUCGAGCGGAAGUUUUACGAGAAAGAACGGGAACAGCAGCAGCACGCACCGGCCGGUGGAUUGUCGACGGGUGGUGGAGAGUAUCCGUUCGUCACUUCCGAUUUGACUACCGAUCGGAAUGAACGAUCGCUGCCCGAUGGUGGUGGCACUGGUGGAGGAGGUGGUACCGCUGGACGUAACUUUGCCUGGAGUGACCAUUAA